AUGUCCGCCGUCAUCAACCUCCUCAACACAAUCUGGACACGCUUCAGCACCAACCUGCGCGGCACCCUCGAGGGCAUGUCCGCAGAGAAGUGGAUCCGCCUUGUCAUCAUUGUCGGCGCCUACUGCCUGCUGCGCCCUUACCUGAUGAAGCUGGCCGGCAGCUCGCAGAUGAAGCAGCACGAGACCAAGCCAGAGGACGAGUUUGACGGACCAAAGGCGAAAGUGCAACCCAACACGCUGCGCGGGCAGGUCGAUAUCCCCGGGGAUAGCGACGACGAAGGCACCAGCCAGGCCACGGGCGCGACGUCGACGUCUACCGACUGGGGCAAGAAGGCGCGCAAGAGGCAGCGUGAUGUGCUCAAGAAGAUGAUUGAUGUCGAGGAAAAGAGGCUUGCUGAGCUGCAGGAGGACGAUGAGGAUAAGGACAUUGAGGAGUUCUUGGUCAAGGAGUAG